GAAUAUCAAUUGUUAGUGCUCAUGACAUAAAUCCAAUGUGGAAUAAAGUAUUGAAUAUAGAUAUUUAAAAUACAUUUUUUUAUAUAUAAACUAUAUAAUUAACAGUAUUAAGAAUUUAUGCAAAAUCUCUUUGCUCACACUCAAUCCACCUUUCUCCAUCCCCUCAUCAGGUCUUAAGGCCUUCAUCGGAACUGAAUAAAAAGGCUUUUUUGCUGUCUUUCAGGACCAUUUUUCAGGUUUGGUUUAUAGCCGAAUUUUCACAUAUUUUUGUAGAUUUUGAUGAGAUUGUUCGUGCCACUUUAGAUAACUAUGAGUGGAGUAGACAAAAUGAAGAAGCUGAUGUCAGGGCAGAGGCACAUCAUAAUUGGGUGGAUGAGGUUAUCCGGUGUGAAGGUCGGGGUGGUUCAGUUAUUGGUAAUGACAAUCGCUCUAGUUGCUUGAUCAUCCAGCCACGACCAGAAAUAAAGGGUCCUUCCCUUUUAACUAGAGAAGAAAUUGAAAAACCAGAAAUAUGGGCUCAGAUAUGUAUUCAAAGAAUGGUUGAAUUAGCCAAGGAAAGCACAACUAUGCGUCGUGUGUUGGAUCCAAUUUUUGUCUACUUUGAUUCUAGACAACAUUGGGCUUCUCAGAAAGGGUUAGCAAUGAUAAUUUUAUCAAGGAUGGCCUACUUCAUGGAGAACUCAGGGAAUCAGCGCUUAAUUCUAGCUUCUGUGAUACAUCAUCUGGACCACAAAAAUGUCAUGAAUGAUCCUCAACUUAAGACCUGUGUUAUUCAGGUUGCCACAUCUUUGGCUAUGCAAAUUAUAUCUGAGAGUGGCUUGGCAGAGAUUGGUUUUGUUGGUGUCCUUUGCAGACAUCUUAGGAAAAGCCUUCAAGCCUCUAGUGAAUUUGUUGGAGAGCAAGAAUUGAACUUAAAUAUAUCACUUCAAAAUUCCAUUGACUAUUGCUUACUAGAAAUUGCCAAUGGGGUAAUUGAUGCCCAGCCACUUUUUGACUUGAUGGCGAUAAACCUAGAAAAUAUUCCAUCCGGUGUUGUUGGUAGAGCAACCAUUGGAUCUCUGAUCAUCCUUGCUCGUGCAGUCACUUUAGCAUUAAGUCACUUAUAUUCACAGCAGGGAUUUCCUGAAUCUCUUCUUGUGCAACUCCUAAAAGUAAUGUUGCAUUCAGAUGUGGAGGCACGUGUCGGAGCACACCUUAUAUUUUCCAUUCUUCUUUUUCCAAGUUCCUUCCAUACGAAUGAGACUUCCUCUCUGCGGUCCAGAUAUCUAGGUCAACACAACAAAAGGCAUUCUCAUGCUCCAUCUGUGUCUGCAUCUGCUUCAAUUACAGCUUUACUUGAAAAGCUCCGCAGAAACAGAAACACCAAGGCAGAAAAUCAUGUGAAUAUUGUUCAUGAUCAAGAAAGGGAUAUUGUGGCAGAAGACUGGAAGCAGGGCUGUGGCUUAAAGAAUUCUCCUAACUUUUACAAACUCACUUCUAUCAUUGAUAAGGCUACAGGAUCACCAAGUUUGACUGACACAGAGCCAUAUGUUAUGAAACUAACUGAAGAUCAAAUGGCCCAGCUGCUUUCUGCCUUUUGGAUUCAAGCCAAUCUUCCUGAUAAUUUACCUUCAAAUAUUGAAGCUGUAGCUCAUUCAUUCAUAUUGACACUAAUUGUCUUACACAUAAAGAACCUGAAAGACAGAGAUAGCCUGGUGAUCCGCUUCUUCCAGUUUCCUCUGUCUCUCUGGACUAUGUUGUUGGACCAAAGCAAUGGAAUAUUGUCCCCAGCUUGUCAGAGGUCUGUCUAUGUAUUGUCUGCUGGCAUGUUGGCCUUUGCCUGCAAAAUAUAUCAGAUUCAUGAUCUAAAUGAUGUGUUUGCAUCAUUGCCAAUGUCUGAUGUUGAUCCAUUCUUGAGUAUCAGUGAUGAUUAUCGAGUAUAUGCUAAGAUCCAUGUGGAUGUGAGAGAAUAUGGUACUGCUGCUGAUAAUCAGUUAGCAUGUUCAGUAUUAUCAGAGUUACAGAACAAAAGACGUGAAUGUUAAUCGAUCAUAAGAGAUGCUAUGGUUCAUAAUUCAGCUAAUAUCACUGAGCUGGAUGCAGGUGAACUGGCUAUGCUAUUGUCAGAGAAAUUUAAGCCCGAUGAAGAGUUUGUGUUCGGUCCACAGUCAAUGCUUGAUCAGAAUCAAAUAAUUUUUCAUUCCCAGGAGUCACUGUCAUUUGAUGGGGAUUUUCCCUCAAAUUCAGCAGGUGGAGAUGACACAAUCAGUGAAGCAUCUGUCUCUGACCUUUCUCGAUUUAUUCCAAAGAUGCCUCUAUCCCCUUCGGCACCUCAU